GCAUCACCACUCCAUCUUAUCCUGUGUCUGCGCCAAAGCUCCUGCCACACCUGCUCCAUCUCUCUUUGCACCGCACCCAUCACAAUGUUCCAAAGAAGCCUCCUCCGCGCCUCGAGACAGGCUGCCGUGCGCCCUGCCGCCUUUGCGCCCAUCAGACAGCAAGUCGCAAGCACACGAGCCGCCGCGCCCGCCAUCAGAUGGUACUCGGAUGCGCCUGCAGCCAAGGAGGGCGAAGCCGCUGAGAAGAAGGAGGAUGCGCCCAAGGACGAGUCUGCGCAACUCAAGGAGCAGAUCGAGAAGAAGGACAAGGAGAUUGUCGAUCUGAAGGACAAGUACCUCCGCUCAGUCGCCGACUUCCGCAACCUCCAAGAGCGCACAGCGCGAGAGACCAAGGCCGCCAAGGACUUUGCCAUCCAGCGCUUCGCCCGCGAUCUUGUCGAGUCCGUUGACAACCUCGACCGCGCCCUUUCCACCGUUGCGCCCGAGAAGCUCAAGGGCGACAACCAAGAUCUAAGCUCCCUACACGAGGGUGUCAAGAUGACCGACGGCAUCCUCAUCAGCACACUGAAGAAGCACGGCCUCGAGCGCUUCGACCCCUCCGAGACAAGCGAGAAGUUCGAUCCCAACGUUCACGAGGCUGUCUUCAUGGCACCACAGCCUGGCAAGGAGGAAGGCACCGUCUUCUUCACCCAGCAGAAGGGCUUCUACUUGAACGGCCGCGUGCUGAGGCCCGCCAAGGUCGGCGUUGUUAAGAAUGCCUAAACCCUACAUCUUUCGUGUUGCAAUUUUUACAGCUCCCAUGUUUGGGGGGCUUGUGGACGCGUAUCUGUAUGAGUAUUUGUCUGGCUCGGUACGGCUGCACCUGGAUGGUUAUAUUUGGGCAUGGUACAUUGGGCACGGCGUUGUUGUGUAUGUCAUGUAGCACGGCUUGUGCUUUUCUCCACAGCACGUCUCUGUAUAUUCCCCUCUCACGCAUUUAAAAAGCUUGGCAGCUACGAAGAGCUGCUGUUGUACACUGUAAUAUUAGUCAUGACGGACCGAGAUGCUACGAUAGAUGGUUGGAACCAUCAUGAAUGUAAGAAUUGCAUGUACUGUGUUGUCAAUCUAUCAUAUGCCUUGCGUGGUGUGACUUCGCU